AUGGCUGAAGUUCGUUUUCUGAACGCAGAUAUGUGUCAAGGCUACAAGAGCUUAGCACUACAGUUUGUGGGCUGGCUUUAUAAUGCCACCUCAGGACGCAAGAGUCGGACUGCUAGUGCUAAUUUGGUGACCUCUGCGAGGCAAGAUGUCCAUGGAGCUUUGGAGAAUCCCAUGGUGGAUACAAGCAUGUUGGAAGAAUUCAUUAGUAGUGACAUAGAGUUUGGUACCUUGCAAAGCCAGUUGCCAGACUCCCCACCGGACUCUGGAUCGGAACCAUGUUCUCCACCACAGCUACAGACCCCAUGGUAUGAUACGACAUGGCCCAGUGGGCUGCAGCCUCCACUCCCAUGCCCAUCUGCUGUGGCACCCAGCAAGCUUCCCUGCAGGUUCAUGGAGGCUUACUCUGACCCCAGUGCCACUGGGCAUCCUUGCACCAUCUCCCAAGGCUGCAGUCUGAAGAUGGAAAAUCCUGUGACUCCUUGGAAUCAUUCUACAUCCUCCAGCAGUUUGGGUUUUAAUUAUUCAUACUUUCAGCCUAAUACAUCUCAGAUUUCUGGUAUUUCUGCAGAAUCAGGCAAAAAAAGGAAGCUUUCCCAAUUACUGGGUGAUGUCACUGAUUCUCCACUGCGGUCUCAGGACUCCAGACAAGCAACUCUUAAGGACUGUGCUGCUGAACUGCAAGAAUAUGACAGUGAUGGACAGAAUGCAGCUUUGGAAAAAUGCUGUCAAGCUCUAACAUGGCAACCAUAUCAAACUUCUCAGUGGAACAGCUUGUUUAACUCUAAUUAUGAAAAACUACCUGCUGUAGGAUAUCACAUUGUCACAGAUAAAGGAUUUAAUUUUUCAACAGCAGAUGAUGCCUUUGUGUGCCAGAAGAAGAAUCAUUUCCAAAUCACAGUCCAUAUUAGAAUCACUGGACAUCCAAAAUAUGUCAAAACUCAGCUGGGGGGAAAACCAAUAGAAAAGUUUUACUUGAAAGCUUAUGGAAUUAAGGUGGAAGCUCCAAAUCAAACAAUUACUAUUGAACAGUCUCAGUCAGAUCGAAGCAAAAAAACUUUCCAUCCUGUUAAAGUUGAUCUGCCAGGGGACCAGGUGACUAAAGUAACACUGGGAAGGCUGCACUUCAGUGAAACAACAGCAAAUAAUAUGAGAAAAAAGGGGAAACCUAAUCCUGAUCAGAGAUAUUUCAUGCUGGUAGUUGGACUGUAUGCUGUCUCUCAGGACCAACUUUACCUACUAUCUGCAAAUGUCUCUGAAAAGAUCAUUGUGAGGGCAUCUAAUCCAGGGCAGUUUGAGAAUGACAGUGAUGUACUGUGGCAGCGAGGACACGUUCCAGAGACGAUAGUCUAUCAUGGUCGAGUAGGAAUUAACACAGAUGCACCAGACGAAGCACUGGUUGUCUGUGGAAAUGCAAAAGUUAUGGGCAGAGUCAUGCAUCCAUCUGACAGCCGAGCAAAACAGAAUAUCCGGGAGGUCGAUACAAAUGAGCAGUUGAGAAGAAUAACACAAAUGAGGCUGGUGGAAUAUGACUACAAGCCUGAAUUUGCAUCUGUUAUGGGAAUAAAAGAUACCCAUGAAACAGGAAUAAUAGCCCAGGAAGUGAAGGAGCUUUUACCUGAAGCUGUUAGAGAAGUUGGAGAUGUUGCUUGUGAUGAUGGAGAAAAAAUAGAAAACUUCCUCAUGGUUGACAAGGAUCAGAUCUUUAUGGAGAAUGUUGGUGCUGUAAAGCAACUUUGUAAAGUAACGAACAAUCUUGAAGUCAGAAUAGAAGAACUGGAACAGUGGAACAGGAAACUGGCCAGGCUGAAACGAAUGAGCAGUUUAAAAUCAACAGUCAGUGAAGAGAGCAAAGUCAGCAGGUAUAGUCGAGCUACUAGUUUUUUGCCAUCAAAAAAAUCAGUCCCGCUAAAAUCCAGCAAGGUUUGUUUGUCAAAGACCAAAGAAUCUUGCUCCAUGAAGAUUUUCCGGGUGACUAUAGUAGCUUUGAUUGCUAUUAUGGCACUAUGUGCUUUGACAAUAUGGAGCCUAUAUUUACUUAGCAUUCAUGACAGACGUUUUGAAAAACAUCCGGUUUACAGUACCUCAAGUUCUGUUUUACUCUCCCCCACCACUACAACAGCGUUUCAGAUGGAAAGCACAAUUCCUCAGAGCACACAGCCCAUCAGCAGGAUCCCUGAAGUGAAUUUCUGUGAUAUUUUGCCUUGUGACAAGGUCUAUUGUUGUCCAAUUCAUCAACCGAAAGUCAAAUCUCUAAGUUAUGAAACAAACAAUGCAAAGGAGAAACGAAACAAAAGUGGCAUACUACCUGAACGAAAUCCAGUCAAAAAACGUAAUGGAAGACCUGAUCUUGGAAAUGACUGGAUUGAUACAACAAUCAGUUCCAUACAGAUUUUGGAAACUCAGCAAAGCAUUGACAAUCGCUAUUGCAGUAAAAAUCUGCAGUGCAGCUCUGGAAAUUACAGCUUUGUCAUUCCUGUUAACAAAUACACACCCAUGGAUGUAGAAAUCUCACUGGAAAUAAACACCACAGAGCCAUUAAUUAUAUUUCUCUGCAAAGUCACAUUUGGAAAUUAUUGCUCCCAUUAUUCUUCAAGCCAAAACAGUAGGAAGGAUUUCUUAGAAACCACACAGGGGCGUCACCAUAUUUGGACUCUCCCUGUAGCUAAGUUGUAUGACAGCGCAUACUAUUUCCGUGUAGCUGUACCGGGUUUUGCUGGCUGCUCGACAGACCCUUAUUUUGCUGGAAUAUUUUUUACUGAUUACUACUUCUACUUUUAUCGGCAGUGUAACUAAAAUGUUUCCAAACAUUCUGUUCUUUGGGGAAAAGAUGAGGAAAUUCUUGAUAUGAAAAAGAGACUUGUGAAUGACCCUGGAUAUUUUUUUAAACCUCUUGCUGAGUUGU